GUCUGGUGCGAUAGUGGUCACACGCUCGCCGUCCACAUAUAAAUAUUUCCACGCGGUUGACCCACGUGACAUACCCACGUGCCGCGUGCGCACUCACUUAUAAAGCGAAUGGCCUUUUUGACAAAUCUACUUAUUGAGUGGAGUGAAGAACAUGUGAUUUAACGAAUAAUUGAAAAAUAUUUGAGGACAAUGGCUACUAUAGUACUUAUCUUGGCAGUACUUACUUUACCAGGACCAUCCAGCACAAACUCCGAUAAUUUAGCAUUAUUAUCGGGGACUCUGAAAACUAUGCAGCGAGCGGCUUGUGACGAUGAGAUGGUAUCGCUGUCCUGUCCUCCAGGGACUUUAAUAAGCAUUCAAAUUGCUCAAUACGGAAAAGUUGUGCCUGGAAGCCAUGCUUGUAUAGCAGAUGUAAAUCAACAAAUGGAUGAUGCAGAAGAAAUAUGUCUGUGGCCAAAUGAAAUGCAGUAUUCACUUCUACGAAGGGUUGUAGAGGCCUGUCAGAAGAAACCUCAAUGUAAGUUCAGUACGAAGUUAAAGCCAGAGAAGGUCGAUCCCUGCCCCUUAGCUCGCAAGUUCGUCGAAGUGGCUUACAAAUGUCGUCCCCAUGAAUUUCGAAGUCGAACUGGCUGUGAGGAUGAUGUGAUCAAGCUGAGCUGUAACCAGCAAUCACGGGUAGCGAUAUACGACGCCCAAUACGGUCGUUUGGCGUAUGAAACCGUUUCUUGCCCCAAGCCACAGGGUGUUUCGGAUGAAUCGCACGCUGUUUGCUCAGCUCCCUAUGCCGUUGAAACUGUUAUGCAGAUCUGUCAUGGAAAGAGGUAUUGCCAGGUUGUAGCAAAUAACAAGACGUUCGGAUCGAAUUGCAACCCAAAUUUCAAGAGUUAUUUCAAAGUCGUUUACGCAUGUGUUCCAUUGGGAGUCCUAACAGAGCGCUACGAAAGUGCUACGGAGACCGAUAGAGUCAUGAAUACACAUACGAAUAACGCGGAAGGCUACUUCGACGAAUCAGAUACUGGUGAAAAAUGGAAAGAACCGAAUGGAGGAAUUCCAAUCAUCAAUCCAGUUUUUCCAGGGGAAGUUGAUAUGAUUAACCCGAACCGAAAUAAAAUUGACGACACCAAAAUUACCUUCAACUCUCAUAGAAACAGCGACAAAGACUCAUUUUAUACACCGAACACGAAAUUUUUGAUCUAUGUUAGUAUUGGUAUAACAAUUGCCAUUAUAUUGAUAAUUGUUUUAAUAUUAACACGAUAUUAUAAAAAACGAGAUCAGACGGACAGAUCAAAAAAUGGAGAUAUGUUCACAACAGAAACACCGAACAUAUUUAGCGAUAAUGUAUCAGAUUUGGACGUCGACGUUGACGUUAGUCAAUUUUCUGGAACUUUCUACGAUCCAGCACAUCCAGAUAUGAUUUUAUACAAGGACGGACCGAAUAAAGCGACACUUAGAGCCAUGAAGCCAUUGUCCACAGUGUAUCCUUCUGUAGGCACGAGCAUGUACGGGAAUGUAGACUAUGUGCCGCCACAAUCUAGUGACACUAGUUUCAGCAAGGAUCCAAAACAAGAAUUAGUGAUGAGUCCAAAGAGUUUAGGUUAUGCUAACAACCAGUACUUUUAUGGGUGACGACAAUGUGGAGGCGAAGAAACCUCCAGGACUUAUUGCUUUUAAAUUUAUUUGAAAAGCUUAAAAAGCUUUCAUAUUACGUAUUCAAUAUUCAUUGUAUUUGAUCACUGACUUUUGAAUAGGUCCCACGUUUAUUGUACAGAACAUUUGUAUUAAUUAAUUUACUAUGAAAUUAAUAUAUUCGGGAAUUAAUAUUAUGAUCCUGAUGGUAUGAAUGUCAAUUAAACAAUGACAAUCAUAUAAGAUUUUUAUUGCAGUAAAAUAAUAUGAAAACUGUUUCAUUUUAUUUUUUUCAUAAAUCUUGUCAAAAUCGUGCAGGUAUUAUUUUUAUUUACAUCGAAAAUUCUCUAUUAUUUAAUUAAGAUUAUAAUUAUUCUAAGAUAACCUCUCAUUUAUGUCUGGGUUUGUGUAAAUAAUAAUAUUUCUUGCUUCAUUACCUUUAAAAUUUAUUAUACGAAUAUCUCAUUCCCUUAGAGUGGCUUAAAGUUGGCAUAUCAUUGUAAUAAAAAAACAAGAAAGUGCUUAUUGUUAUUAUUCAUUUUAAAAUAAAAAUUUAGCAGCUAACUAUAUAUUAUGGAUGGCAACACUUAUAUCGAUUAUAUAACGAAAUUAAAAGAGGAGUUUUAUAAACUUUUUAAAAUAAAUUCUGAAUCAAA